UUGCCCCGAGGCCGUCCCGGGCGGUUAAGUCCGGCCGAAGCCUUUCCCUCACUGGCCCGCCCACCAUGACGAUCACCUACAGCUGUAUUGCUAAUGGCCGAGCGGUCCUAGCGGAGCUGGCCCUGACCGGCGGCUCCUAUCAGGAAGCAGCGGCAACAGUGCUUAAACUAGUGCUUCUUAGAGCUGAGCCAAAGACCAUAAUGCAGAUGGGAAGCUUUGUCUACCAUACUCUCUUUAUUGAUGGAAUCACUUACCUAUGUGCCACAGACAAUGCCUUGGAUACCAUAACACCAUCUGCAUUUCUUAAAAAUGUAAGUAAUUUCUUACAUUACUUGAAGGACCUUUUCACUUAUUGAAAUUAUGAGGUCUCUAUUUUAUAGUGUGUUCGUAGUUGU